UACAUAUUUUUUAUAUCUUACAAUUUUCUUUCUCAAUUAUUUCAGAAUGCCAGAAACAGCAAAGAACUGUUUUCUCAUACACCAUCAAUAUCGAUCAUCUUUUCAAAACUAAAGGAAAAUGUUCCACAAAAUGGAUAUACACCCUGUUAUAUAAAUCUAUGUUAGAAUUUCUGCUAAAUAUUUCUUCAGAACGAAGAUGAAUAUCAUUGUUUGUCUUGUUGAAUUCCUGAAAACUUUACAAGAUCACUUUGCAUUUUAAUAAAAAUUUGGAUUGCAAAGGAGUUUGCAGCAACUUGAGAUAAUCAGCAAAGAUCUCUGUUGACGGAAAUAUAACGAUUGUGAUAUUUGUUGAGAAUAUGAUACAAACACAAAGAGAAGCAAACUUGUGUAUAAAUUCAAAUUACGACAAACAUAAAUAAACAAACGAAGUUUGCUUUUAGAAGCGUUGAGAUGUCUUAGAAAGUUAAAGAAGUGAUUUUAAAUUCUCAAACGCAGAAUAAUGCUAAUAAUAUAGCCUGAACAGGAUAAACUACCCCUAUUUUGCAGAGAAAAGUGUAGGUGGCUAGCUGUUGAGAAUUUAAACUUGUGUAUAUUUGUGGUAAGAAAAGGAAAAUUAUGGAAAAUGAUUUAAGUGACAAUGAAACACAGACUGAAAAGAUUGACUUUCCUGAUGAUGUGAAGAUUGAGAAAGGUAAAAAAUCAUACCAUUGUGAUAUCUGUGGCAAACCAUUCUCUCACAGUAGCAACUUAACUAAGCAUAAAUCUGUUCAUACAGGAGAGAAACCAUAUCGCUGUAACAUCUGUGGUAAAUCAUUCUCCCGGAAGGAUAACUUGAUUACUCACCAGCGUAUUCAUACAGGAGUGAAACCAUAUCACUGCGACACCUGUGGAAAAGCCUUCUCUCAAAAGGACAACUUGAUUACUCACCAACGUAUUCAUACAGGAGAAAAACCGUAUCACUGUGAUAUCUGUGGUGAAUCGUUUUCUCAAAGUGUUCAUUUGAAUAAACACAAACGCAUUCAUACAGGAGAGAAACCAUAUUGCUGUGAUGUCUGUGGUAAAUCAUUCUCCGCAAACGGUACCUUAACUAGACAUAAACGUAUCCAUACAGGAGAAAAACCUUAUCACUGUGAUGUCUGUGGUAAAUCAUUCUCCGAUGGAAGUCGUUUACAUAAACACAAACACAUUCACACAGGAGUAAAACCAUAUCAUUGUGAUAUCUGUGGUAAGUCAUUCUCUAGUACAUAUGCCCUUUCUAGUCACAAACAUAUUCAUACAGGAGAGAAACCAUAUCACUGUGACAUCUGUGGUAAAUCAUUUUCUCAUGGUCAUACUUUAACUAUUCACCGACACAUUCAUACUGGAGAGAAACCAUAUCACUGUGAGAUCUGUGGUAAAUCCUUCACUGAAACCAGUCACUUAACUAAGCACAAGCGCAUUCAUACAGGAGAGAAACCAUAUCACUGUGAUAUCUGUGGCAAAUCAUUCUCUCAGAAAGAUAACCUAAUUCCUCACCAACGUAUUCAUACAGGAGAAAAACCAUAUCACUGUGAUAUCUGUGGGGAAACAUUCUCUCAAAAUGGUAAUUUAACUAAACACAAAUGCAUUCAUACAGGAAGCCAACUAUAUUUCUGCAAUAUCUGUGGUAAAUCAUUCUCUCAAAAGAGCUCCUUGAAAAGACAUAUUCGCAUUCAUACUGGGGAGAAACCAUAUCACUGUGAUAUCUGUGGUAAAUUAUUUUCUGAGAAUGGGACUUUAACAAUCCACAAACGCAGUCAUACAGGAGAGAAACCGUAUCAUUGUGACAUCUGUGGUAAAUCAUUCUCCGACACUGGUCAUUUAUCUCGGCAUGUACGUAUUCAUACGGGAGACAAACCACAUCACUGCGAUAUCUGUGGAAAGUCCUUCUCUGAAAAUGGAGAUUUAACAAGACAUAUCCGCAUUCAUACAGGAGAGAAGCCAUAUCAGUGUGACAUUUGUAGUAAAUCAUUCUCUCAUGGACAUGCCUUAACUGCUCACAAACGCACUCAUACAGGUGAGAAACCAUAUCACUGUGAUAUCUGUGGAAAAUCUUUCUCCGAGACUGGCCACUUAACUAAACACAAGCACAUUCAUACAGGACUGAAGCUACAUCACUGUGAUAUCUGUGGCAAAUCAUUCUCUCAUGGACAUGUUUUAACUAGACACAAACGCAUUCAUACAGGAGAGAAACCAUAUCACUAAUAUGUGUGAUUAAUCAUUCUCUCAAAAAAGUCACUUCACUGAACAUGUUGCUGUUCAUACAGGACAAUAACUAUAUUGUAAAUGAUCAUAGCACAUACAGUGUAACAAGCACUGCAGGUGUGACCCUAUUUAUUUUCAUUUUUGACCUUAUUUUAUCCCUAUAUUUUGUUGAGUAAACUUUUUUCUUUUUCCCAUUGAUAUAACUAAUGAGGUGGAGGCGCAAUGGCCCAGUGGUUAGGGCAGCGGACUCGCGGACAUAGGAUCGCGGUUUCGAUUCCCAGACCGGGCGUUGUGAGUGUUUAUUGAGCAAAAACACCUAAAAGCUUCACGAGGCUCCGGCAGGGGAUGGUGGCGAACCCUGCUGUACUCUUUCAUCACAACUUUCUCUCACUCUUACUUCCUGUUUCUGUUGUGCCUGUAAUUCAAAGGGUCAGCCUUGUCACACUCUGUGGAGGCGCAAUAGCCUAGUGGUUAGAGCAGUGGACUCGCGGUCAUAGGAUCCCGGUUUCGAUUCCCAGACCGGGCAUUGUGAGUGUUUAUUGAGCGAAAACACCUAAAGCCCCACGAGGCUCCGGCAGGGGAUGGUGGCGAACCCUGCUGUACUCUUCCACCACAACUUUCUCUCUCACUCUUACUUCCUGUUUCUGUUGUGCCUGUAAUUCAAAGGGACCAGCCUUGUCACAUUGUUUCACACUGAAUAUCCCCGAGAACUACGUUAAGGGUACACGUGUCUGUGGAGUGCUCAGCCACUUGCACGUUAAUUUCACGAGCAAGCUGUUCCGUUGAUCCGAUCGACUGGAACCCUCGACGUCGUGAGCGACAGAGUGCCAACAACAACAACAACAGCUUUUGCUUAUGCAUGCUGGGUAAUAACAAUUUGUUUUUAAAAAAAGAAAACGCAUCACACAAGUUUAAAUGAAAAUACAGAAACCUUCAUUUUUAUUUUUUGAUUCUUUACACAUUUUUUUCUCAUUUUCCAUAAUUAUCAUUUUAAAAUUAUUAUUUCAUUUUAUUUUUAUUGAAAAAUUCUUUAUCAAUACAAAAGUUUAAUAUUUUUUCCAAAAGAAAAAAACAAAAAAAACAAACAAACAAUACAAUCAAGCGUUACCGAGAAGUAAAGCUAUAUAUAAAUAAAUAAAUAACAAUCCAGAGGGAUGAAAUUUGAACCCGCAAUACAGUCAUUAAUAUGCCCUAUUGCUUGGUUGUAAAACCACUUGGCCAUGGAAAGACAUAAAAAUGAAUAAUGAAAGACAGUUAUUGCAUAAUGUAGGAGAGACAUUGAGAAAUAAAUAUCUGUAUGACUUUU